CCCGUGGAGGCCGGCCCCGGCGCCUGCACCUUCGACUGCCGGCACCUCUACACCAAGAAGGUCUGCGGCGAGGGCUCCGUUCGCGCCGUCUCCUACAACAUCCUGGCCGACACCUACGCCCAGACGGAGUUCUCCCGCACCGUGCUCUACCCCUACUGCGCUCCGUACGCUCUGGAGCUCGACUACCGGCAGAACCUGCUGAAGAAGGAGCUGGCGGGCUACAGCGCUGACCUCAUCUGCUUGCAAGAAGUGGAUAAGUCCGUCUUCGUGGACAGCUUGGCUCCGGCCCUAGAUGCUUUUGGACUCGAAGGGCUCUUCAAGAUCAAGGAGAAGCAGCACGAAGGCCUGGCCACUUUCUACCGCAGGGACAAGUUCAGCCUCCUUAGCCAGCACGACAUAGCUUUCAGCGAAGCCCUGCUCUCGGACCCGCUGCACAAGGAGUUGUGUGAUAAGCUGGCCAAAUACCCCUUGGUGCAGGAGAAGGUGCUGCAGAGAUCAUCUGUGCUGCAGGUUUCAGUUCUUCAGUCUACAACUGAUCCUUCCAGGAAGAUUUGUGUAGCUAAUACCCACCUAUACUGGCAUCCAAAAGGUGGGAACAUCCGUCUCAUCCAAAUCGCUGUAGCCUUGUCUCACAUCAAGCAUGUAGCAUGGGAUUUGUAUCCUAGCAUACCAAUCAUAUUCUGUGGAGAUUUUAAUAGUACACCAUCAUCUGGGACUUACAGUUUUAUUAACAGUGGUGGCAUUGCUGAAGAUCAUGAAGACUGGGUCUCGAAUGGUGAAGAAGAAAGGUGCAAUAUGCCUCUAAACCAUCCUUUCAAAUUGCUAAGUGCUUGCGGAGAACCUGCUUAUACAAACUAUGUUGGUGGGUUUCAUGGAUGUCUGGACUACAUUUUCAUAGACAAAAAUGCUCUAGAGGUGGAACAGGUCAUUCCAUUGCCAAGUCAUGAAGAAGUAACAACCCACCAGGCUUUGCCAAGUGUUUCACAUCCUUCUGAUCAUAUAGCACUAAUAUGUGACUUAAAGUGGAAAUAGAUCAGUUCUUGCAUGGUGGUUUUGGGGGUUUUCAAACAAGAAAUUUAAUUUACUCCUGGGGAACUGAGGU